CGAUUGAAAGAAUCAGUCAUUGCCAUUGUUAUCAUAGCAAAAUAGAAACAAAAUAAGUUAGCAUUAGUAUUUAACACACAAUGGCGCUUCAAGAUAAUGUCAAGGAAUGGUUCACAUCGGAGACGUCGAGGAAUAAAAAUUCGUCGCUUGUAGCAGGUCUUCUUUUUUUCACAGGAUGGUGGAUUCUAAUUGAUGCCAUGUCUGGCGAAAGUGGACGCCAAAUAACAACUGGUCAUGUAUUCAUAGGAAUAUUUGGCACUCUUAGCUUGUUUAUGGUAAACACUGUUAAAAAUUCCCAUAUUUCAGAAGAUAAUACUUCGGAACGCGCGAGGUUAGCUAAAAUUUGGCUCCUUGUCGGAUUCGUCAUUGGUUUUGCGUCCAUAAUUGCCGCUAUUUGGGUGAUGAUUGACAAUUUUAUAAAUAACGAAAAAAAAGAUAGUAGUAAGGGAGUGGCCUUACUACUGCAGAAUGUUUUCAUACUUUUCGGAAGUCUUGUAUACAAGUUUGGGCGCAACGAGGAAGAUUGGAACGAAUAAGAGGCAAAUAGGCACUAAUGCCCAUUUCUAACCGAUAAAAAAAUACAUUUAGCCCACAUAUAUUCAUAAACCACGAUGACUACGAAUGUGGAGGUUACUCCCACCGCCACAUGUGUUUUAAUACGAUAUAAUCUCAUUCUCACAAAUAAACAAAUCAUUUGCGUAAAAA